AUGCAUCUCCCUCACCUUGCCUAUCUCGCAGCCCUUUUGGACAUCUGCGCGGGCGUCCCCGUAGAGGACAGUCCUCGCCAGAGGCUCCUCAAAGGUCUGGGACUACCACCCAACUAUCGCGGUGUGACGGGCGGCAAGAAAGUGCCGUUCACGCCGGGUCACAGAGACCCAAUUGAUAAGCCCGUCGACUCUGUCGGCGACGAGCUUGAUCCUCUGCCCUGGCGCAACGGUCUCGGAGCUUCUGUUUUGGGACCGUGGAAUGAGGCGCGCUCGCGUCAGAAUCCUGAUCUCGUUAGACCACCUAGCACGGAUCAUGGAAAUCUGGCCAACAUGCGCUGGAGUUUUGCAGACUCGCAUAUUCGCAUCGAGGAGGGCGGCUGGACCCGUCAGACCACCAUUCGUGAGCUGCCAACGAGUGUUGAGCUUGCGGGCGUGAAUAUGCGUCUUGGUGAAGGUGUUUAUCGCGAACUCCACUGGCAUCAGGAGGCCGAGUGGGCCUACGUGCUGGACGGAGAAGUCCGAGUUACGGCUCUUGAUUACGAAGGCGGAAACUUCAUCGAUGACUUGAAGAAGGGCGAUUUAUGGUACUUCCCCAGCGGAGUGCCUCACUCCCUGCAGGGUCUGAGCCCCAAUGGCACGGAAUUCCUCCUCAUCUUUGAUAAUGGGCACUUUUCUGAGGAAUCGACCUUUGUGCUCACAGAUUGGCUCGCUCAUACACCAAAGUCUGUGAUUGCCAAGAACUUUGACUUGGAUCCUGAGGUCUUUGCUCGUCUUCCCGAAAGUGAGAAGUACAUCUUUAAAGGCCGUAACCCCGGCCCCAUCAAGGAUGAAGCUCCCAAGGGUAAGAAGGCCAAGAAGUCCAAGUACAACUUCACCCAUCGCAUGCUCGACCAAGAGCCUCUCAAGACAAGCGGAGGCCAGGUCCGCAUCACCGACUCCAAGAACUUCCCCAUCUCCAAGACCGUGGCUGCAGCCCACGCUAUCAUUGAGCCUGGUGCCAUUCGCGAGAUGCACUGGCAUCCCUCUGCCGAUGAAUGGUCAUUCUUCAUCAAGGGACGCGCCCGCGUGACAAUCUUUGCUUCUGAGGGUAACGCACGAACCUUUGACUACGUUCCUGGUGAUGUUGGUAUCGUUCCCAAGAAUAUGGGACACUUUGUUGAGAACAUUGGAGAUGAGCCCAUUGAGAUGCUGGAGAUCUUUAGGUCUGAUGAGUUUAGAGAUAUUUCGCUGUUCAAGUGGAUGGGUGAGACACCCAAGAAGCAGGUCAUUGAUACCUUGUUUGCGGAUGAUCCCAAGAACGCCGCCAAGUUCUGGGAUAGAAUCAAGGAUGCGGAUAAUGAUGUUAUCACCAAGCCUGACUUUAUUAGGUCUAAACCUGAUGCUGGCGAGGAGUUGUAA